ACUUUUGGAACACAGGAGCUGAUAGUUGGUCGAGAAGAACACUUCUUCAGCCAAAAAACAACCACAGUAGAAACAUUGAACUGAAUAUUCAAUUGAGGGUCUCUGUCUUUGUGAUGUGUUGGUGUUUGAGAGUCCACUCUGGUCAUAUUUCUUGUCACCAACAGCAGUUUCCAUUGUAGAAGAUGUAUGUCAAGUGGCAACCAUACGCAGACACUUUCAAUGGGGGGAUGAUGGUCAACGGGUCCAAGCAGGCCUCCUCCGCCCCGGGACCCAGCGAUGACGGAGCUGGUAACGCCGGCCAUGUCGAUCUCAGCGCCACCGAGCACCGGGACGCUGGUAACGCCGGCCAUGUCGAUCUCAGCGCCACCGAGCACCGGGACUUCCAGGGAAAGCUUCUGCAUCAGGCGGCGAUCUACUCCAACGUGCCACUGUUGGAAGAUCUGCUGAAGUGGGAGCAGAAACGCUAUAUCAAUGAGAGGGACUCGUUCGGUCGGACUGCGCUUCACUCGGUCUGCGCUGCUGAGGCAACCGAGAGAGAGGAGAGUAUUGAGUGUGUCAGGCUGCUGCUGGAGUCCGGGGCUGACCCAAACAUCGCUGCCGCGGACAAGUACAACUUUUAUACGCCUCUUCACAUCGUGGCCAAAGAUGGGAAAGUGAAGAUAGCUAAUCUCUUAGUACAGCACGGAGCUGACCUGGAUAAUCGCGAUAUCAAGCGACUCACUCCGCUGGAACUAGCCAGGGUCAAUUUUCAGACCGAUUGUGUGAACUUCCUGCAAACAACUCAAGUGGAACGAGAGAGGUUACGGUCAACCCUUGAGCCAGAUCUUCUAGAGGCUUGUAGCAAUGUCAAAGAACUGCGGAAAAUACUACGGAGAAUCGGCUUCAACGCUGUUAAUUUGGAGUAUAAGGAAACGCCACUAUACAGGGCAUCUCUCGGCGGCCAUCUUAGUGUGGUGCAAUUCUUACUGGCCCACAAUGCAAAUGGAAGACCCAACCGUGAUACCAGGCAGUCUCCGUUGUAUGCCGCUUGUCUCAAUGGACACUUUGAAGUGGCCAAGUUACUCCUGCAGCGCUUCCCAGCAAUGGCUAGUGAUCAAACCAAUGAGAUGGAAAUUCCACUUCAUGCUGCGGCCAAACAAGGCAACGCAGCAAUUAUUAAACUCCUGCUGGAAUUCGAUUACAAAUCAGCACUGGAUGAGAAAGGCUUCUGCCAGCUUGACCAGAGCUCUGGAAAAAGUACUUUCAAGACCUACAAAGGGGAUCUCCCAUUCUAUCUGAGCUUACAGAAUAUCAACGGUCAGACAGCACUCUACCUAGCAGCCUCAGCAGGCCAUGUCGAGGUCUCCCGAACCCUUCUGGAUUAUCGCCCAGCCGGACCUGUUGUCCCAAACUUCGGACACGGGAAGAAGCAGUCAUACAUUGAGGUGGACAGCUACACUGUGAUCGGUCUGACGCCGUUACACAGCGCAGUUAUAGCAGGUAACAUUGACAUCGUCUCGUUGUUGCUGAAACACGGAGCUGACGUCAAUCUGCCUGUCAAGUCUAUUAAGUGUCUGUUUGGCUCGAGGAGCAGCAACGCUAGUCUGAUCGAAGGCAGAGUUACUGAGAAGGUACACAUUCCGAAAGAGGACAGCUCUAUCCUAUGUGAAGCUUGCAGUGCCUGCGAGUACAACAUCGAUAUCAUAGCGCUGCUUCUGAAACACGGUGCCAAGGAUCCGAGUGGGAAGGCUUUGCUCUCAGCUACGCUCAGCGUUCGGAAUGAUAUCGUGACAACUAUCCUGGCACAUACUGGGGUGCAUCCCGAUCCGGAUUACACAAUCAGGGAGGAGUAUCAGAAUAAGUUCAAGGCAUUUGUGAAUGACUUGGCGUUCGCUAGCGAGGGAGCCGAGGGAAACACCAAGGUGAAGAUUAGUAGAGAUGCGGCGAUGCAGCCGAGGUCCAAAGCCAUGGCUCGCCAGGACUCCAAGAAAGACCACACGAGGAAAGGUAGCACUUAUGAUCGUAAGAGAACGUUUGGGGGUAUCAAGAGAGCUGCCAGUAAUGCUGGAAUGAUGGACACGGCGGUGGCGAUCGAUUGGCAUGACCAGAAUAUAAACGAAAUCAAACGGGAAUGGGUAGUGGAAGCCGGGCUAAGGUUCAACGGCUUGCUGAGGGCUUACCCAUUGGAUUCCAGCAUCCACAUCGCUGCAGCUACUCUGACGAGAAUAGACGUUUCCGACAACAGUCUGGGCUGCUUGCCAUUGUUUAUCUUCCAACUGCCUUCCCUCCAGCAGCUGAACGCUUCCAAAAACAAGAUCUUCCAUCUGCCUGGAAUGCCUAAGAGUAGAGAUUUCAGCUCGCUGUCUUCCAGUCCUACAUCCACAUCAUUUCCAGCGGUGUCUGAGGACGGUACUUGGGAUGCGCCAGUGCUAAGGAGGAUCAACCUCUCUCACAAUCGCCUGAAUACCGUGCCAUCGGAACUCUUCCUGCUGCCUGUUUUGGAUUAUCUGAACCUGGAGAACAACACUAUACGGGAAAUGCCAUUUGAGAUGUGGAUGUCGCCAAAACUGAAGACACUCAACCUGUCGAAGAAUAAACUUGAGGAGAUGCCUAGUGGUUUGUACCCCUCUGGGAACGACUCCCUAAUGGUUCACCCAGAGGUGCAGAUGAGAAGUCCAUCUCCUAUGGAAGAUGACCUGCUGACCACUUGUCAGAAACGAGACACCUUCCCGUUGAUUGCCAACCGGUCCGAGAAGACGGGCGGCAAGCUGGCGAGGUUCUCCGGUUUUGCCAUGAAGUUCGGCAAGGCUGCCCUCGGCCUGAAGGACCCCUCCAGAAAUUCAAGCAACAUAGCGGUUUUAAUGUCGACUCUGGAAUCGAGACACAUAAGCGGAAGUGUGAGCGACAACUCAGGGAGCGACACCCCGGAUUCUUCUGAUUCCGAGGUGUUCCUGGACGAAGAGGCGACAACCCAAGCCUAUUCUUAUGUGAACAUACGACGCUUCAGGCUCUGCAGCACCGGUAGUCUGGAAGGGGACACCACAGAGGAAGACAAUGACACUAUUGGAGAAAUGAACUCACUGGAGACCUUAGACCUGUCCCACAACAACCUUCUCAGUGUUCCCUCCGGGCUUCCCUGCCUGGCUCCCAAACUCACCAAGCUUGUACUGUCUCGCAACAGGAUAACCGACUUUGGACCGAUGAACAAGUACCCCGUCGGCCUGGUGGAUCUUGAGCUCUCGUGGAACAGAAUCAAGGACAUGAGCAAUCCGGUGAAUCAAAUAUCUGUCCGGAACAAGACGAAUGUCUUCAGGCUCCUGCGGUCCAACUCAACGUACGAUCCGACAUUGAGUAUGACAGACAUGUGUUAUAGUCCGACCUCUCAGUACUCGUUAUCUCAGCGCAGUGCUCAACCUUCUCAUUUAAAUUCUGCUCGACGCAUGACUAACGACUCGUCCAUGAUGGCUGGCUCCCCCGGGACCCUCACGCAGAGCUCCAUGGGGCAGUUCUGCAAGCACCGUCGACAUCGUGUGUUGGCCACUCUGCGGACGUUGGAUCUGUCGUACAAUCAGAUCUCUCAAUUGGAUGUGAUUGCCAGGACAGUGCUUGGAACCGGAGCGUCCUUUGAGGAGGAGGUGCCUGGGAAACUUGGAGAGAACAGUGAAGAAGACCCAAAGCCUCCACCACUAGUUCAUCGCGGCAGUGACCUUGAAGUGACCCUUCUCUUCCCGAGUCUCAAUGCUCUUUCCGUUGCUCAUAACGACAUUGCUGAGGUACCUACUGAUAUGCAGUAUCUGACUAAGCUCUCAAGCUUAAAGCUGAAUGGGAACUCGAAGAUCAUGACUUUGCCUCCUGAGUUGGGUCGUCUGAGCAUGUAUGACUUGAAGGUAGACGGUUGCCGCUUGAUAGAACCACUGGCCAGUAUGUUCAAGACGGAGCUUAUCUAUGAUGUACUGGGCUACCUACGCUCAAUCCUGGAUGACGCCAAGCCGUACACCCGAAUGAAGUUGAUGCUUGUGGGUAAGUCUUGUAUCGGCAAGACAACCCUUCUGAAUGAGCUGAGGGGAAAGGAAGGUGUUGGGGGCUCCACACCAACCAUCAACCCAGAGACCUUUGCAGAACGACAGGGGAAUACAAACAUCGGAGGGAAAACCAUGGGAGGCAAGUAUCUGUCGACGGUAGGAGUAGAUGUCAGCGAAUGGACAUACUGUAAGAAGAAGAGUAAAUAUGGAAAGGUCACCUUCAGUACGUGGGACUUUGGUGGUCAGGAGGAGUUCUAUGCGACCCAUCAAUAUUUCUUGACAAAACGGUCCUUGUACCUGGUGCUUUUCAAGAUUACCGACCGAACGAAUAGUAUCAAUCUGAUUCAGCAGUGGCUCGUCAAUAUCCAGGCCCGUGCCCCUAACUCCCCCGUCCUGCUGGUUGGUACUCACUACGAUGUCGUCUUGCGACAGAAGUCCAAGUAUUCCAAAGAUUACUGGCCGGAGUUCAAGAGAAAGAUCAUGGAGCGAUUCGUUCACAUCGCCCACCCUCAGGACAUGGGUCUCCCUAACGUCGUGGACUGUAUUGAGAUAUGCUGCUUACCGGUGCCUAAGAGUUAUAACGUCGGAUAUCUGAGGGAUAGGAUCUAUGAUGUGGCCUUCUCUCUCACAGAGGGUCGUGAUAAGGAUCCAAUGUUGAUGCAGAGAGUUCCGACGUCCUACUUAGCUUUAGAGAAAGCCGUCAUGCACAUUGCAUCUGAGAUGCGUAAGGCGAAAACUGAACCAGUCGUACCCGCUCUGGAGUACAGGACUGAAGUGACGCGAGUAAUGUUGGAACAAUCCCAGGUUUCCUUCCACGACAAAGAAGACUUGAUGCAAGCAACAAGAUUCCUCCAUAACAAUGGUAUUCUAUUACACUAUGAAGACUCUAUGCUGAGUGACUACUACUUUCUGGAUCCUCAAUGGCUCUGUGACACCCUGGCAAAGAUUGUCACCAUCCCAGAGAUCAACCCUGAUGUUAAGAAAGGUGUGAUGCUGAUUAAGGAUCUCCAUGAUAAGUUUGAAGACUCCAGCGUGAAGGAGUUCAUCCUGACCCUCCUCAAUAAGUGUGAGGUUGCUGUGACGUACGACAACAAACAUGUCUUAGUCCCAUCUCGUCUGCCUGUAGAGGGCCUGGAUAUGACCAUGAUUCCCCUCAUCAGGGAGCAAGUCACCAGUAUAAAGGAACAUAAACGCACACCGUCCCCAGUGUCUGGUUCCCUAUCUCCCAACCGCCAAUGGAACCGGAAAGCUGUCCGCGGUGCCUCCCCACCCUCGAUCACUUCUCGUAACUACAGUCGUUCUCCGACGUCCCAGCGUCGUAACCAACGCGGACUGCAGGUACCGAGCGCCUCACUCAGCCGAGGAGAGAGCUCUUCCAUGCCGAUGCUAACUCAACAGUUUAACAGCCAGGCACGAGUAGAUAAUUGUAGCUCAGUUCCGUCGUCGACACUGCUCAUUCCUGGAUUGUCAACGGAUUGGGUGUCACUGCCAUUCGAGGUCGGGUGUCAGUCUGCUACACAGAGCACGUACAGCCACAGCUCUGGCGAAAUACUCUUCAGCGGAAGCCAGCCCAGUAAUGUCCAGGUAACUAUCAAAGAGUCCACGACGGAGCUGGACAGUAUGGAAGUUAUUCCCAUACCAAACCUGAAGGCGGCGAUCCGACGGCUUUACAUCUUGCAGUACAUCCCUAGCGGAUUCUGGUCGCAUCUGAUCAGUCGGUUCCUCUCCGACAAAACUUUCUGUAAGAUCGUUCCGUCGUUGUAUCCGAUGCCGGAACGUCUCAAGGUCAUGAUGAGCCAGCCGGCCUUGGAUGCUCUGGAGAACAAGUAUCAGUGGAUCGUUUGGCAGACUGGGAUUGAGCUUCGGUUCUUCGGGGCGACAAUCUUCCACGUGAAGGAGAUCGUCGAAGAGAUUCGCUCUAGAAUCUUCGUGAACGAGCGGCGACCAGAUUUCAUCAAGGUGGUGAGCCCUGAUGGUAGUGGAUCGGGGGAAGACCGGGCCGUGUCCCUUUCCAGGAGCGGGCAGCUGGAGAUCAUGAUCCCCAACCAGACCCUGAAGAUCAACCAGAAGCUGACGACUGUGUCGCAGACACACUGGAUGGAAUCCGGCCAAGAGGUGGAGACAGAGCACAUUGAGAUCGCAAGCUCCCUGCAGGUAGCCUCCCGUCUGCUCUCCACGAUCAUGGACCUGAUCGACACUCUGAUGGAGAACUUCUACCCGUCGAUCUGCGAACCACUCAGCAUCACCUUCCAGGGGGAGCUCUUCAUCACCAGACUGGUACCCUGCAACUGCUGCUGGCGAGACUACACCAAGUCCAACAUCAGCGAGCUCGACGAGAGAGAGUGGGAAGUUGUCGACAGAUGUGACUUUGAUUCUACACAACAGAGUCUCCUCCUUCCGGAUUACCCGUACCCUACGGAAAGAUCAACGAGCUCCAACUUGUGCUGUGGACUGUCCUGUGCUGACAAACACUCGCACGGUGCCUACAGUGUGUUUACCUCGUACGCGGGAAAGGUAGACUCACUCCGGCCACGAGCCUACGCGAUGAAAGACAAAGAACGCGUCGCUGUCAGCCAAUCAAAAUCCUCAGACCAAAGCGAAUGCGCCAGCCAGGCCGAUCUCUUGCUGACCGACUCGCAGGAUAUGGUCUUCCCUGAUAUGGUGUCUAACAUCAACCUUGACUUGAGGUUCACAAACGCUAUCGAUAUGAAUUCGGACCCUACUGGCGAUGUGCAGGUGUACGGGUUCUUGUUUGAGAUGUUGGUACUUCAGGCGAUGAAGACAGAGAUUGUGACUUGCCCUGUUCAUGGGCGGGUCAAGCUGAGCACCAUUGCCCCAGAUGUGGUCUUCCAUGACUUAGGUCCUGCCUUACUCGUUGACCGCAACACCCUAGAGGUUCGCCGCCUUCUCGGCAGCGGGACCUUCGGCCUCGUCUUCAAGGGUCACACCUCCCGCAGUCUCAGCGACAACAAAGUCCAAGUGGCCAUCAAGAUGCUGCAACCCUACCCCCCGGGUCAGGGGGCCGGGAACACCGACAAGCACCGGUUUGAGGUGGAGAACAAUAAGUGGCAGCGGGACCCUCUGAGAUUCUCAUGUGAGGCGUUCCGGACGGCGCGUAAGGAGCUGUCCAUCAUGUUGAACCUGGACCACCCGCAGAUCGUACCGCUCAUCGGGUUCUGCCGUCAGCCGAUGAGUUUAGUCUUAGAGUUGGCUCCGGAGGGCGCCCUUGAUACCAAACUGGAAGAUUACAAGAGGGUGGGAGCAAGGUUGACGCCCAUAUCGAUGCAGAAGAUUAUUGUACAGGUUUCUUCAGCCAUUGCCUACCUCCACUGGAAGGGUAUCAUCUACAGGGACCUCAAGGCAGAGAAUGUCUUAGUCUGGAGCCUGCCGGCCCCACACAGCCGGGAUACCUGCGUCAAGGUGAAACUAGCAGACUAUGGUAUCAGUGUGUCUGCUAUGCCGUCUGGUACCAAGGGAUACGGUGGAACGCCAGGGUUUAUGGCUCCGGAGAUUGUGCAGUACGAUGGCAAGGAGAAGUACACUGAGAAGGUUGACUGUUUCUCUUUUGCGAUGUUCAUGUAUGAGCUCAUGUCAGUCCACAGACCAUUUGAGAAUCUGGUCGGGCGUGACUUUGGUCGUCUGUCUGAGAUCAUUAAGCAACUCAUCAAGGAUGGACAGAGACCUGUUCUCACCAAAAAGGAGAAGCUCUAUCCUACAUACAUCGUGGACCUGAUGGCGUGGUGCUGGUCCCAAGCAUCAAGAGACCGUCCCACCAUGGAGCAGAUUAAUAACAUCGCUAGGAUGAUGGAGUUUCCCAACCUGAAGGAAGUCAUGUCUCCUGAAGAUAACGAGAAGAUUACCUGUGCUUGCGCUCCUCCGGUCUUAAUGAGCAGCGUUUCAGAUGCUGACAGUGAAGACCUGGGUGCCAUCCAGCCGUGUGUCUGGCUAGCCCAGUGCAGAGAGGAUCCAGUGCAGGCUACCAGCCAGGCGUCGAUAGUCGUCCUCAAUGUGGACCGUAGUCCCGGGGACGGAAGCGCCUGCGUCAAGUUCAACAUAAGCGGCGGGAACGUGGACUGUAUGUGCGCUGUCGGUGAUACGAUGUGGCUGGGUCUGUCAUCUGGAGCAAUCGCUAUCUAUGGUGCAAACCGCAAUGCCUUCCGAGAGCUCUGCCCAGUGUUCGUCCUCCCUCGUUGCUUGGGUAAGAUCCAGGUCCCAAAGGCCAUCGUUCACAUCGGUGCCCGGAAGGAGGUGUUUGUAGCCAUUGAUCACCGUAUCAUUGUGAUCGCUGAGGAAGGUGGCAUUUUGAAGGAGAAUGUCAUGCUGAAAUAUGUUGAGUUUAACCUAGAGGUCUUCACGCUGGUGGCUGUGCCGGGACUUGGUGUUUUUGGAAAUAAAUCGUUUGAGAUUUGGUGCGGCCUAGCCGAGGGGCACAUCGAUGUCGUCGACGUGAUGAGCCUCACUAUCAAGAAGGUUGAUCUGAAUCAUCACAACACGCUGGACUGUGUGGCCAAAGUGUCGCGCCUGGUGACCUAUGACCUGGACCUGAUGGAUCACAUGGACCUCCACCAUGUAUGGUCUUGCAUCCAGCCUGGUCCCAUCAUAUACAAGUGGAAUGUGAAAACCAAGUCCAUUGAGGGAACUCUGGACAUCAUCUCAGCCUUGAGUAACUGUCGGUCAAACUCUAUACCGAGGGGUCGAACUAGCCUCAGACCGAUGAGAGCCAUCAGGAACCAAGUGUCGUCCCUGGCCCUCUACUGUCAGUAUCUCUACAUCGGCGUCUCAUCAGGUAACAUCCUCAUCGCUGAGCCCCACACCUUGACCCCUCUUUCCAUCAUCAACUGCCACGAGGGACCCGUCAACUACAUCAUCCCCGUCCCCAUCGAGCCCUGGGUCCCGCCGACGAUAGAAGAAGACAGCGUGGACACCCAAGCCGGCCACAACAGAGCCGUCAUCGUGACGGCCGGCCGUGGGUUCAAUGACCUCAUCGGCGGGUAUUCCAACUCCCCGAUCAGGGUCAAGGGUCAAGAGAGGCUGGAAUGGUACUUCCUGUUGUGGGAAGCGUCUUAUUGGGAGCAGGGAUAUCUGCAGAUUCAAGAUGGCUGCUAUAAGGAUGAACGGAAGAGUAGGAGAGACAGCUCAUUACACUGAAAUGUCUUCAAACUUCUUGCGGAGUCCAGGGCCAAAUUUCAUGAAAGUCUGUUAGAAAACUUAGCGUCCAGUUGGGAGCGGGGAUAUCUGCAGAUUCAAGAUGGCUGCUAUAAAGAUGACUUCAAGAAUACGAGAGCUGGCUCGGAACACUGAAUUUUCUUCAAAACCCUUGGCAGAGUCCAGGGUGUUUUUUAAGAAUAAUAAUAACAAUUAUAACUAUAAUA